CCGUGGUGGCGCGCGCGCGCGGUUUGGCCAUGAACGUCAGCGGCACCGCGGCCAGAGCCAACGGCUCCUCGUCGCGCGGCGAGCGCAACGAGGCGCUGGCGAGAGCCGAGGUGGCGGUGCUGUUCGCCAUGUUCGCAUGCACCACACUUGGUAACUCGGUGCUGCUGACGGCGCUCUUCCGACGGCGCAAGCACGCGUCACGCAUGCACGUGUUCAUGGUGCACCUGUGCCUCGCCGACCUGGUGGUGGCUUUCUUCCAGGUGCUGCCGCAGCUCGCGUGGGACAUCACCGACGUGUUCCUCGCGUCCGACUUCGCCUGCCGCUUCAUCAAGUACAUGCAGAUCGUGGGCAUGUUUGCCUCCACCUACAUGAUCGUGGGCAUGACGGUGGACCGAUACCAGGCGGUCUGCUUCCCCAUGGUCACCUUCAAGAAGCGUAUGGCUUACUGGAACGCGCCCGUGUGCGCCGUGUGGGUGGUCUCGCUGCUGCUCAGCGUGCCCCAGGCGGUCAUCUUCGCCAAGGGGGAGGUCUACCCGGGCGUCUACGACUGCUGGGGGACAUUCCAGCCGAUGUGGGGCGUCAAGGCGUACAUCACCUGGAUGGCCAUGGCCAUAUUUGUGGUGCCCACCGCCGUGCUCGUGUGGUGCCAGACCAAGAUCUGCCGCGUCAUCCGGCUGAACAUCUACUUCAAGACGCCGCACGUGCACAAGGACACGCUGCUGCUGCGGCGGCGGCGGAAGCAGCGGCGGCGGCAGCAGAAGCGGCAAGAGGACGAGGAGGAGGUGGCGGCCCUGCACAGGGGUCAGACGCACGCUGUGACCAUGACGCGGGUGAGCAGCGUGACCGGUGUCUCGAGGGCGAUGGUGAAGACGGUGAAGAUGACCCUGGUUAUCGUGAUCGUAUACGUCCUCUGCUGGUCGCCGUUCUUCGUAGCGCAGCUAUGGAGCGUGUGGGAUCCCAAUCCACCGUUCGAAGUAGGGGAGGUCCGAGGAAGACCACCAGGGUGGGCGAGGCCAGCCGAGGGGGGCUUUCCUACGCCAGAGGGACGGCCCGAUCGUUUGCUACAAGUGCGGGCUGCCAGGACACAUAUCCAUGGGGUGCCGUGCUCAACAGGGAGGACCCUCCACGUCAACGCCAUCUGCAGAUCAUCACUUCUUUUCUCCGCUGGGUCCUCAGGUGCCUUGUUCACCAUCACCCUGCUGCUGGCAAGUCUCAACAGCUGCACCAACCCGUGGAUCUACAUGGCGUUCAGCGGGAGCACUCCACGCGCCCUCUUGUCCUGCGUGCUGUGCCGUGCGCGGAGAGGCGGCGCCGGUGGCAUUGGUGGCGGUGGCGUUGGCAGCGAUGGUGGCAUUGGUGGUGGUGGCGGUGGCACUGGCGGUUGGGUGCGGAGCGUGCCGGGAGCCACGGCGCACGAGGACUCGAUGGCGACCAGCAGCGUUCACCUGGCGGGAGCUCUCCGCUCCCAGCACGAGGAUGACGCGGAGCAAACCAACGAAUUCAUUAGUUCGCGCACGAUUAGUAAGGAUCCCAGCAGAUUUUAAAUUAAGGGACCAAUAUCCCCCGGGAGUGUUCUUCUGGUCCAGGGGCUCGGCAACCUGCGGGUUCUGUAGCCGCAUGCGGGACUGCUUCGUGAUGUAAUUUAUUAAGGGGCCGUCUCGUAUUUACAUUGCAUUGCGGCUCUUGAAAUAUUGAGUUUAGCGAAUUCGAAAAAAGGCUCUUCUUGUUAUUUUCGUUGCCGACCCCUGUUCUGGUAAAAUCACUUGACCGACGUUCCGAAAACUUUCGAUUCAACUCUCGGUCAGGGGAUUGGUGUUAAGAUUGCACGUGUUUACCCAGUAAAGGUUGGCUACCUACAUUGCAAAAGAAGUUCAACAUACAUACAGACGUCUCACUUACUCUCAUGGCUCUCCUGCCUAGCUUUUGCAAGGGGAGCAAUGAUUGCGACGUGUAAACCCAGUUAAGUAAAGUAGAAUAUGGGAGUGGAAUUACAAAGUCGACCAGUGAAAGGAAAGAAAGGGUAAACCGAGAGUUUUAAAUCUCCAGGGUCAAUAAAUAGAGAACCAUUUUGUGGAAAGACAACAGCGGUCAAACUAUAUUGGGGGGAUGACAAUUGUCAUGGUAAUGUGGAGUUUCCAUCACAGGCUCAGGGCCACCAUUGGACAUGAGCCGCAUCCUAUUGCUAAAUUGAGUGGGUUGAGGGAGCAGCAGGGGCAAUCCGGCACGCCUGUUCAAAUAUCACUGGCCACUGAUGUUACCCGUUGCUGGACAUCGAAUCAGAGAGGCUGGCCUCAUCGUCACAAUGUGGGGAUGCCAGAUGACGCGCGAUUUCCUGUCCUAAGCGUCUGCAAUUAAUUAGCGCCGCUACCCACCCCUCACCCACCCACCCAUUACAGUGCCACCACGAGGCCCCCCCCCUCCCAACACGGCGAAUCACGUGGGCACGCAGCACAGGAGAGCAGAUAAACAGCUGUGGGCCAGCGCGUGCCCCCUGCCGCCACAGAACGCAUAUCCAUUGAUCGGUCUCCGCUCGCUCAGCGAACAUUUUUCUCGUUUUGGGAACAAAUGGGUCUAAAUUCAAAUUGCUCAUUAGAGAAACAUUUCGUAGAAAGAACGAUCGUUAAAGGACACUAGCCUGUACGUGAUCGUUGUGAAAUCACCCCCAAUGUGCUAUGCGUGCUUAAAUAGGUGCUCACUAGCAACACUCAUCUCAGUAUAGCUCUUAUGUAUAUAGGGAAUAUUUGUAUAUAUGUACAGAGUAUAUGUUUAUAAUGCAUGUGCCCAAUUGUGUAUAUAUUGCGAUUCAUAUUUAAGAUGUCUGCAUGCAAUCUGUUAUAUUAAUACAUAUUGUGACAGGUACUGUGGGUCUAUGUGAGUAAAAUAAUAUUUUCCUAAUAAUAGUUUUUUUCCUUUUUUUGGCAACAAAACUGAAACCUUUUUACAAGGAUUCAUGUCUGCAUUAACCACAAUACUUGCUGUCAAAAUGCAAAAAAAAACAUACUAUGAUAAUAUAUGCAUUGUCUUUGAAACUGAUUGGUCCACACCAGUAUGUUUUUGUUUGCAUUUGGACUGCAAGUACUGUAUUGUGGUUAAUGCAGACAUGAAUCCUUGUAAAAAGGUUUCAGUUGUAUUGCCAGAAAAAGGGGGAAAACCCUAUUAUUAUAUUUUGAAAAGGUCUAAUGAUAAUAUUUGCCUGUACAUGAGUUGUAUCUCAGCCAUGGCUCACGUCAGUGCCGAGUAAUAUUUGAGUAGUAUCUCACCCAGUUCUAGGUCAGCCCUAGCCUUAAACGCGUAUCUGUAUUGUGUAACAACAUCAACUCUGGGAAGAUAAAACUGUCCAGGCCUGGUGCUGGCCAAACCACACCCUUCUUGCACAAUGCCUGACUUCUUAGGUGCUCGCUCAGAGCACUAGAUUUGUAUUGCUGCAAUCGAAAUACUGUGCUGAAACGUUUCCCUAUUUCUAUAACAUUACAAAUCUUCACAGGCACAGUUGCAUUUUUAUUUCCUAAACUAAAUUUUUUUCAUGAGAAACAUUGAAAACUGCACUCUGGGUAUGUUUGCCCUCUUUUCCGAAAUUACUCCCAACGGCAAACACAAAACAACGAAAAAGGAGCACACAAGAUGAAAACGAAUUACAGUAUGUUGAGAGAAUGAUGUGCCUUUGCAGAUUUUAUACGACACGGGACAUUACUUACGAAUGGAAUUGCACUGGGUGUUUGAACACUGCAGAAAGAACAUGUAUCUUAUUGCAUUAACGUGUUUACUGUGAUAUCACUGUGUAACACAAUUUUUGUUCCUGGGGAGUAAGUGUUAUUUCGUAAUUGAUAGUGAUAUUUAGAAAUUUACCUAUUUUCAAUGAGAAAACGGGCGAAUUUGUGUUUUUCCAUUCACAUAAAGUCAGAAAAAAACAACAUAUUAAUCAAAAUUAACAUGUAUUUAUACUAAAAUUAUACAAAAAUUACUACAAAAGAUUUAGAAGUGAGUAGUUUUUCGAGAUUUACGAUUAUACUGUAAAUCACUUUCACGAAUCAGCCCCCAAAUGUAGUCUCCCAUCAUGUUCUCGUUAUACUGUCCUUGAUAGCGGCGUUUAAAGUCCAGUAUAUCCUGGUGGAAGUGCUCGCCUUGCUCCUCCGAGUACGCUUCCAAUGUUCUCCUUGAAUUUAUCAAGAUGAGCAUCAAGGAUAUGGACUUUGAGGGACAUCCUACAGCCCAUUGUGCCGUAGUUCUUCACCAGUCUCCACCAGCUCCACAUAGUUUUCGACCUUGUGAUUGCCCAGGAAGCCACGAACCACUGCGACAAAGCUGUUCCAAGCCGCUUUCUCCUUACUCGUGUAAAGUAGUCACUUGGCGGGAGACGACUUUGACGGGUAGCACACCUUUUUAUUAACACCAAACUGUUACACGGGUGGCAACUGCCACAUAACCCACGAGGUUCCCCUGAGCUAUACCCACACGGGCUCUCACGCCCCGUAGCUUCUUGGAACACACCCGGCUGGGUUAUUAGUCUCGGCUCUGGGUCCCACAGCCUCGCCUCUGAGCCGCACAGGGUCCCGGCCCUUACAAGGACAGCAGGGCUAGGGGUCUCAGGGCCCUAUCUCUUCAACUCCGUCUUCGAUCUUCAGCUGGUAAUAAUCUCCCCGAGUGCUCUCGCGCGUCCCCCUUUAUAGUCCUCCAUGCGGACGUCGCUGAGAGCACCCACCCAAGUUGACCAAUCACCCAGCGUUCUCUCUACGAUCCUCUUUCCCAUAUCGUGUCUGCGUGCACAAGCACGCACCCAGCGCCGCCCCGUGAUCCAUCACUGUCAGUGUGCGUCAACACCCCCCCACACUCGAUGUAGCCACGCCCGGCGCGCGCACACCCACGCCCCCACCUUGUCGGCGCGCACCGCCACUACACUAGUAAGCUUCUUGGGGAAUUCAUUGCACUCCAGGAUCUUCUUUAUCUAUGGUCCGAUGAAGACACUGGCUUUGACCUUUGCCUCAGACAGCUUAGGGAAGAAGUCUUGAAGGUACUUGAAGGCUGCCAACUCCUUAUCUACAGCUCUGACAAAUGGUUUCAUAAGGCCCAAUUUGAUGUGGCAUCAGCACCUUCCGAGGGUCCACCAGUGGCUCCCACUUGACGUUGUUCCUCCCCACAGAGAACUCGGUUCACUGUGGCAAGUCCCGCCUGUGGUAGUGUGCUUUGGUGUCUAAAUCUUUUGUAGUCAUGUUUGUUUUACUUUAGUAUAAAUACAUGUUAAUUUUGAUUCAUAUGUUGUUUUUUUCUGACUUUAUGGGAACGAAAAGACACAAAUUCACCCUUUUCUCAUUGAAAAUAGGUACAUUUCAAAAUAUCACUGUCCUGGUCCAAAAAGCAAAGUUUUUGGGGAAUAAUAGCAAUUUUCUAUACUUUUGAGGCAUAAGCAAUUAGGAAAUAACACUUACUACCCAGGAACAAAAUGUGUUUUGUUACACAGUAUAUUCGAUGUGAGCUUGUGAUGUCUGUAAACAGUGGGAAAUCUGUCACCAUAGUUUAUUGCUUGCAUGAAAACAUGUUUACUGUUUAUAUUACAUUUUUUGUUAUAUAAAACAUAAAUUUUACGGCGCGUUGUCGAGGAACUUCCGUUACGCGCUCUGAGUUACGAUUGUAGAUAAGUGCCACUCGAGUGCUUCUUUAAAACAAGAGGGCAUUUUUCAUUCGGUUAUGAAGAAUAAUGCGCUCUUGAACAAUUUUAAGUAAUUCCCACAACGCGUUUGGCUACUCUGCACACAUGUACAGUGUUCCCUCAUUAUUCACGAGGGAUACGUUUCGGAGAUGCUCGUGAAUAUAACAUUUCGUGGAUAGUGGUAU